GACGAGGAGAGCAUGAUUUUGUAUAUACAACUAUACUAUACUCUUCCUUUCAAGAGCAACAAGAGUACAUAGGUCCUAUUUUGUUCGUUGCGCCACCUGCUAUUUUUUUCUCUCCUGCCGAUUUCAAUGGCUGUUGAGAAGUGCACUUGGCUUUCUUUUGUUUCGAUGCUAAUAGAAAUAAAAGCAUUGACUUGACUUGAUUUGACUUUUAGCUGUUAGCCUCUCAAAUAAUAUUCUUUUUAUUAUUAUUAUCAGUAUUUGUAACUCCUGCAUUUACCUGAACGAUUCUGUUUGAUGGAGGAGAAGAAAUAUCAGGAUGAAAGGAAGAUCAUUUCUUCUCGAAAAACUAUCGAUUGUCCCUGUCCUGAUAGCACCAAAUUUGGCAAUAAAAAAUGUCGAGAAAUAGACGUGGAUUACGUUGUAAAUAAAUUGCACGAACUGAUAUCCGAUCCGGUAACUCAAAAUGAUGUAUCACGAAUCUCUAGACUGUUGUACGAUUAUCAGGAAUAUCUCAGCGAUCGGGCUUACAUGGUAAAACAUUUACCGAAGGUAAUCAAAGUAUUAGAAUUCUUAGCAACGAAUGCAAAUAGCGUUGAAGAUUAUCAUUCACAUCUCGAUCGGAUGCUAGAGUUUUCUAAUCGUCCACCUCUUUUGGAAAGCACCUAUCAGAGUCUCGUUUGUUUAGACAUAAUGGAACAAUAUUUUACAUUAUUUGGCUAUCUACUAACAAUCUUACCUAACGAACAAGAGCUCCUUAAAGUGCACGAAGCCCUUCGUUCUUUAUUAAUCAGGACUGCGCCGGCUGAUUCUUCCGUCGUCAACGCUGAACUUUGUCGUACUGCUAUGGAAAGAUCGAAUCUGUCCUUUAGGGUAACCGAAAUAUUCAAAUAUACUUCCUCGCCGGAAGCAUAUUCUAACAUCUUGGAGUUGGUCUUCUUAUUAUCUUCCGUAUCCUGUGUUUCUUGUCACAAGAUGUUGGAAGCAGGUAUCCUGAAUCCCCUGCUGAUUAGAAUGGACCUUUCUUACUCGACCCAAGUGUUUUGUAAAUCCCCACCAGAUGAGCCUUUCGAAGGAGACGAGUACUCAGACGAUACAAUGUCUUUGAUAAUGAAUAUCUUAUGGACCCUGACGAGAUCUAUUUUACCUCCCAAAGAAGCACCAGUUGGUCUCAAGGAUCUUGGUCCUCCAACACAAUGCGCUAUGUGGGGUCUUCGUUAUGCAUUUAAAAAACAAGUUGACAAAAGUCAGAAUUGUAAAUUGAAUGCAAAACUUCGAAACGAAAUGGCGUUGCUUAUUCUUCUGAUACUUCAAAUUUUUCCACGUUAUAUCAUCAUCAGCAGUGGUAUAGCUAACGAUGUUCUAUCAUUUUUCAAUGGUUGUCUUUCUGGACAAAUUCGUGUCUGGUCUAAGGAUAUCAAAUUUCUUGCUAGCAAAGAGAAUCUCGUAUUUUUCAAAAUACUUUUAUUGAUAGUUUAUGAUUUAACUGAGAUCAAUGCCUCUAUCCCCGUAAAUCAUUUUCUUUAAUACGAUUGUAAAAAUAUUACUGGGAGAGAAAAAAAAUAUUAGAAAUAAAUUGAUUUCUUUAGAUCAUGAUCGAGCAAGAUGUUUUGCC